AUGGCUGUCCCGGCUCCUCUAAUCCCUCCGACCCAGCUGGUGCCCCCUCAGCCGCCCGUCUCCACCUCCGCCGCCUGCACCACCAGCACCAGCACCAGCACCGCCGCGGCCGCCUCUCCCCCGGCCAGCGCGCCGGCCGCCGCGGCCUCGGCGGGCGCAGCCGCCGCCGCGGGGACGAGCCUCUUCCGCCCGGAGCCCGUCGUGGCGGCGGCGGCGGCGGCGGCCACCUCCAGCAGCGGAGGCGGGGAGAGCAACUGCAGCGCCAGCUUGGGCACCGGCAGCGCUUCCAGCGGCGGCGGCGGCGGCGGCGGCGGCUCCAGCGUAGCGGGCGGCGGCGGCGGCCCCCCUGCCCCCAGCGCCGGGACCGCGGGCGGCGGGGGCGGCGUGCCGGGCAAGCCGGUGUACUCGACCCCAUCGCCGGUGGAGAACACGCCGCAGAACAACGAGUGCAAGAUGGUGGACCUGCGGGGCGCCAAGGUGGCCUCCUUCACGGUGGAGGGCUGCGAGCUGAUCUGCCUGCCGCAGGCGUUCGACCUCUUCCUCAAGCACUUGGUGGGCGGCUUGCACACGGUCUACACCAAGCUCAAGCGCCUGGAGAUCACGCCCGUCGUGUGCAACGUGGAGCAGGUCCGCAUCCUCCGGGGCCUGGGCGCCAUCCAGCCCGGCGUGAACCGCUGCAAGCUCAUCUCCAGGAAGGAUUUCGAGACCCUGUACAACGACUGCACCAACGCCAGUUCCAGACCCGGACGGCCUCCUAAGCGGACACAGAGUGUCACCUCUCCGGAGAAUUCCCACAUCAUGCCACAUUCUGUCCCUGGUCUCAUGUCUCCUGGAAUCAUCCCGCCAACAGGUCUGACAGCUGCAGCCGCAGCCGCAGCAGCUGCCACCAAUGCAGCCAUUGCAGAAGCAAUGAAGGUGAAAAAAAUUAAAUUAGAAGCUAUGUCGAAUUAUCAUGCCAGUAAUAAUCAGCAUGGAGCCGAAUCUGAGAACGGGGAUCUGAAUUCUAGUGUGGGCUUGGAGCUUCCUUUUAUGAUGAUGCCUCACCCUCUCAUCCCUGUCAGCCUCCCACCAGCCUCGGUCACGAUGGCCAUGAGUCAAAUGAACCACCUCAGUACGAUUGCAAACAUGGCAGCCGCGGCACAGGUGCAGAGCCCUCCCUCCAGAGUCGAGACGUCUGUCAUUAAGGAACGCGUUCCGGACAGCCCUUCCCCAGCCCCAUCCCUUGAAGAGGGCCGACGGCCUGGCAGCCAUCCAUCAUCUCACCGUAGCAGCAGUGUAUCCAGCUCCCCUGCCCGGACUGAAAGCUCUUCGGACCGAAUUCCAGUUCAUCAGAAUGGUCUGUCCAUGAACCAGAUGUUGAUGGGUUUAUCGCCAAAUGUCCUACCUGGUCCAAAAGAAGGUGACUUGGCUGGCCACGAUAGUGGGCAUGAUUCAAAGAGAAUGCACAUGGAGAAAGAUGAGACCCCGCUCUCCACACCAACCGCAAGAGACAGCCUUGACAAACUUUCGCUAACUGGGCACGGGCAGCCGCUACCUCCAGGCUUUCCAUCUCCUUUUCUAUUUCCCGAUGGUCUGUCCUCCAUAGAAACCCUUCUGACUAACAUCCAGGGCCUGCUAAAGGUUGCCAUAGAUAAUGCUCGUGCUCAAGAGAAGCAAGUCCAGCUGGAAAAGACAGAGCUUAAAAUGGAACUGUUCAGAGAGCGAGAACUGAGGGAAACUCUUGAAAAGCAGUUGGCAGUAGAGCAGAAGAACAGAGCAAUAAUUCAGAAAAGGUUAAAGAAGGAAAAGAAAGCCAAGAGGAAAUUACAGGAAGCACUUGAAUUUGAGACAAAGCGGCGAGAACAAGCGGAACAGACGCUGAAGCAGGCAGCUUCCACAGAUAAUCUCAGGGUCCUAAAUGACUCUCUGACCCCAGAGAUAGAAGCUGACCGCAGUGGGGGCAGAACAGAUGCUGAAAGGACAAUACAAGAAGUGACCGGAAUGCAGUGCUUUAGAAAUUCAGGUUCAGUGAUUAUGGAAGACUUUAUUUGAAAACUACUGUAAUGUACUGAGCUUAUCGAGCUUACGUAACGUGUGCUACAGUUCCAAGAACUCUGCAGUAAGACGUUCACCAUUUUGGAAGUUCUGCAAAAAGAAAGGUGCUUUCCAGGCAACUUGGCCACUUCAUGUAUCCAUAUGCAGAAGUUUUAAGCUUUCUGCAAGAGCAGCCUCCACUGUUUUCCUGCAGCUUUUCUAUGGGUUGCAGAGAAUGUUUCUACAAGUUAUGUAGCACUCUUCUUACCAGCCAGCGAGCAAGAAAGUUGCAGUUUUGACACCUCCUUGUACAGACUGGCCAGAACAAGACCUUGCAUUCCCUUUUCAAUGGAAUGAAAACGGUGUUCUCCUCUGAUUCUCUGAGCACAUCAAACAAACCUUCCACAGUGUCUGCUUCUGUACCUGAAGACUAUUAAUGCCAUAAAUAAACCAGCAAGACAGUAGAGGAGUGAAUCUUUCUAAAAGGGACAUAAAGAGGAUUCCUAGAAACACAAACUAGGAAAAGACUAAUCACAAAGUUACAUCAGUUCCCCCCACCCCAAGUUCUAGGAGAGAGUUUUGUUUCCCUUGAAGACAAGUUUUUCCCUCAUACCUUCCUUCCAAGAGAUCAACUCAAUGGCACAUUGCAGAAGUCAAAACAAUUUGAUCUUGGAAUAAAGAAGUACGGAAGUAAAUAAUAUGGUUUUACUGUUUGCAGUAGUCUCUUUCUUUCAGUAAAUAAAACAGAUAAAAGAUGGGUUGUAAUUUCUCACUCUAAACUGGCAGUAUUUGGGGAGGGAGAAUAACAAUGCUUCUUAUUGAAACUGUUGGUCAGAUGUACAGUAUAUAACCACAAACCACACAAAGAAGGUAUUAUGUAUGCAGUAGAAUACUAGAUUUUAGGAAAACAACAAUUUUAGAUAAUAUGUUUUGUCACCCUGUUGGUCCAAAAUGACAUCUUUCUAAUUUUAACGCAUGCAGGCAUGUAAAUAUUUGUCCUGAAGUCACAGUAUUAAUGAACGCGAUCUGAAGCAUUUGGGGAGGCCAGCCACUUCGUAUCUGCCUACUGGGCAGUGCUCUGAAACAGCCCUUUCGAGAGUGCAUUGUGGCUCGAGAGCAAAUCAACCCUCCAGAAAUAUUUUUAUAUGUCAAUGUCAUAUUAUUUCAGCAUUGCUGGGGAGGAAGCCCCCCCAGAGGCUAAACAGACACGUGAUGUAUUGGUCCAAUACCAUGUAGAGCUAAGUGAUGAAGUUGAAGUCUUAUGUCCUUCCUACCUACCUUGCCUUAGGCAAGGCAGGAUGCGUGCUAUUUUUACUGUCUUUAUAAAUGCUAAGAUACCUGUUUUCCACCCUUGUGCUCAUAACUGGAAGCAAGCUGCAACUCAAUGCUCACGACAUCUGAAAUUAUCUUCCUUCUUCUGCAUACUUCUCCAACUUACCCCUUUAAAGACUACCUUGAAGAUCCAUUAUCACAUGGGAUUACGCUUAGCUUAUCUGUGAUGUUCUUUGCAGAUACAAGAUGCAAUGCCAUAUGAAAACAAAACCGGAAAUAAUUAUGACUGUCAAAACUAUAUCUGUGUUCAGAUUGAAAUAAUUCUGUUCCUAAAACUCAGCCACUCAGUGUCUGUAAUUUGUUGGUGUUGUUCAAAACUCUGUUUUCGAUUCAGGGUGGUUGGGGCAGGGUGAGUGGCCUCAAUUUGAUUUACCAUCCAGAAAUACAUUAAAAUAUAAUCCCAUGGAAUUAAAGAAGAAACGUUGCAAACUAUGCUGUCAUUCAAACAUCGUUACCUGAUCAUUGUAACAGAUGCUUGUUUUUGCUUUUUUAAAAAAAUGCUAAAAACCUCAGAAAAACUAUAUUAUUUUUAAAUGCAGUCUUUAAAGGGUCAACAGCUGUUAUUAGACAGACUUUGUGGCAAAUUCCUAAAUUAUUUAUAUGAGAGGAGAGAGGGGUUUUUUUUAAGGCUUUCAAAAAACCCUACAAAUGAAAUCUGUAGUAAUACCUACUACGCUCUUGCUCCUACAGAGAAUCAUCUGUAAGUAGGUUGAAUUGUUUUACAGUGUAUGCUUUUCAGACUUUUUGAGUAUGCAUCAUUGUUUGGUUUGGUGCAUAGGUAAAUGAAAAUGCUGAGAAAAAUGAGGAAAAGAAGUAUAUCAUAUUAAAACAAGUGUAAAUACUACAGCUCAUGAAUUGCUACCGUAUGAUGACUUUGGGUUUCUUUGCCUCUUUUUAGUUACACACGAAGGGUUUUUUUCCCUUUUUGCCUAGAUUAUGAAGAAAUGUUGUGUUCAUGUUAUUGUUUAAAUGCUUUUGUAAUCUUAAAGAUAUUAAUGUCUAGUUGUUCUAUAUUAUAACCACCUUUGCGUGCUAUGCAAGCCCUUGGAACAGAACAUACUCAUCUUCAUGUAGGACCUAUGAAAAUUGUCUAUUUUUAUCUAUAUAUUUAAAGUUUUCUAAAAAUGAGAAAAAGGUUAUUAUGAAUUUUGUUGUACAAAAUAUGUACAAAAAUCUGUUUUUACAUCAUAAUGCAAGAAUUGGAAAAAAAUUUUCUAUGGUAGCCUAGUUAUUUGAGCCUGAUUUCAAUGUAAGGACCACCUUUACUGGUAUUGUAUUUAAUUUUCUUUUUUUUCUCCUCCUUUUCAACAAUCUGCUAAUAAAACUGUCUGAAAUCUGC